AGGCAAUGACGUCACGUCAGGCGUAGUAAUACACGGGCGCGAGCGCAUGGCGAGCGGAGUCCAUCUGCGGAGCUGCUGCGCGAGAGACUGGGAACUGCUUUCGAUUGUUGGCGGGCGCCGCCAUCUUGGUCAGUGAGCCUGCGAGUGGUCUGUACGUCUCCGUGGUGCGGUGUGGCUUCGCUGUGCGUAUUCCAGGCGGCCAGUUCGUCGAACGGGCAAUUCCGUGCGCGCGUCACACUCCCCCGCGUGGGCCCCUCGUUAUCCGUUUUACCCGUGAGAGAUCCGCGCGCAUCUCGAGAUGUCGGAACGGGAGGACAACGUUUACAAGGCGAAACUCGCCGAGCAAGCGGAACGCUACGACGAGAUGGUUGAGGCGAUGAAGAAGGUAGCCUCACUAGAUGUAGAGCUCACCGUCGAAGAAAGGAACCUUCUCUCGGUAGCAUACAAAAAUGUGAUCGGGGCGAGGAGAGCCUCCUGGAGAAUAAUCUCGAGCAUCGAGCAGAAGGAAGAGAAUAAGGGUGCCGAGGGAAAACUAGAGAUGAUCCGCCAAUACCGAUCUCAAGUGGAAAAGGAGCUCAGGGAUAUUUGCGCUGAUAUCCUCGGCGUCUUGGAUAAGCAUCUGAUACCAUGCGCUUCUACGGGCGAAUCCAAAGUCUUCUAUUAUAAAAUGAAAGGUGAUUACCAUCGUUACUUGGCAGAAUUUGCCAUCGGUAACGACAGAAAGGAAGCGGCAGAGAACUCCCUGGUGGCAUACAAAGCAGCGAGCGAUAUCGCUAUGACGGAGCUACCACCUACUCAUCCCAUUCGCCUGGGAUUAGCGCUCAACUUCUCCGUGUUCUAUUACGAGAUUCUCAACAGUCCUGACAGAGCAUGCCGCCUAGCGAAAGCAGCUUUCGACGAUGCGAUCGCCGAACUGGACACGCUGUCUGAGGAGAGCUACAAAGAUUCCACUCUUAUAAUGCAACUCCUCAGGGACAACCUCACCCUAUGGACGUCGGAUAUGCAGGGAGAUGGUGAAGCCGAACAAAAGGAGCAGCUGCAGGAUGUGGAAGACCAGGACGUAUCGUAACUCUAGCUGUAGUGAGUGUUAUCUUGCGUAUAUAAAACUGAAACACAAGAAAAAACUCUUAAAUAACUCGUAAGCAAAAGAAAAAAAAACCAAUUCAGCAGGUGGCAGUUCGGGGUGGGAAGGGGAGAUCUUUAGAAAUUUGCGUGAUCCUUUAAAAAAAAAAAAA